AUGGGUGUCGCAGACGAGUACGUGGGCGCCGUCAUCAGCUAUGCCGGGAGGACCAUACGUGAGAUCGAACGGGUUACGGGCGUGCAAAUUAGUAUCUCUAAGGGGGAGCUCAAAGCUGGGACGAGCGAGAGGGAGGUGGUGAUCAGUGGGACAUGGGAGGCGGUCGAUGCGGCGGAGGUGAUGAUCGUGCAGCGGGUCUCGGACGCUGCCAAUAGUCGCCGCCGGUAGCAGGGUGGCGGUGGUGUUGACAGGCGGCCUGUCAAGGAAGUGGAGUAGCAGCAGCAGUAGCGGUGAUACAACAGAGCAA